AUGCAUUCUGUGAUAGAACGAGCAGUGAAGAAAACAAUAGUAUGGGCUCCAUCUCAAUGGCCUACUAUUGUAGAAAUAGCCAGGAAGAACCCCUUUCCUUACAAAGUAACCAAACUUGAAGGAACAAAUUUUAUGGGAUUUGAAGAAAUAACAAAUAAUACUUUUAAGAAAAACCAAAGAAUUAAUAUUUCAAAGAUGCAUGUGGUUACAUUUAAAAGGUGUAAACCAAAUGUGAUGUAUGUGAAAAAUUCAAUGUUGCCACAAACUGAAACAAUUGAAGUUCAAUUGAGCGGACUCAAUAGUGCAAAGCCGAAAACAAAUUUAUAUUCGACUAAGUUACCAAUAUCCCAACAAAAAUAUAAUGACUUAAAAAAAUUAGUGGAGAAAAAAGUGAUUCCAAAUAUGUACGCCAAAGAAUAUUUAAAUUGUACAGCUGUAAAACAAAUGACUGUUUACCUGAAACCGAUGAAGACGACUGAAAAAAAAAGUGAUAAUUCGCGAUAG